GGUGAUGACCAAAUACAACGAAGCUCAGGUGGACUUCCGUGAACGCAGCAAAGGGAGAAUCCAGCGGCAGCUUGAAAUCACUGGCAAAAAGACAACAGAUGAGGAACUGGAGGAGAUGUUAGAGAGUGGCAACCCAGCCAUCUUCACCUCUGGGAUCAUUGACUCCCAGAUUUCCAAACAAGCGCUCAGUGAGAUCGAGGGUCGGCACAAGGACAUCGUGAGGCUGGAGAGCAGCAUCAAGGAGCUUCACGACAUGCUUAUGGACAUCGUCACGCUGGUGGAGAAUCAGAGUGAGAUGUUAGAUAACAUAGAGCUGAAUGUCAUGCACACAGUGGACCAUGUGGAGAAGGCACGAGAUGAGACUAAAAAAGCUGUGAAAUACCAGAGUCAGGCCCGGAAGAAAUUGAUAAUUAUCAUUGUGAUAGUAGUUGUGUUGCUGGGCAUUUUAGCAUUGAUUAUUGGACUUUCUGUUGCACUGUAAUAAGAGUGCCCCAAAAGGCGGCUGCAGUGAAAUCCUGGUGUGGCCACCGUUGUCUGCAGAUGGGAACGGAGUUUGAAUGGCCUUCCUGAGAGUGCGUGGGACCUGUUCCUUUGUUUCCUUGUAAACCAUCCUUGGACCUGACUCAGCAAACAGUCUACCCCUGGAGGAAUCUAAUCUACCUGAAGCAACCCUGAGUUCUCAGAACCACCUGCUGUCCCACCAGCUCUGACGUACCAUUCUCCUGGACCAUAUGAACCAGUGGGCUUCUUUUUCCUCCUGGGGUGUGCCAAAUUAUGCCUUGCACCUUGGAGAGCCCACAUGAGACCCUCCCAAAGGUGCUGUAUGUUCUACCUCAUGGGGU